CACGACUUCACGUGUCAUAUAGCACGUAUACGUCGGCGAACGUCGCCUACGUUGCAGCUUGCGGAACGUCAUUAGACACGUUUCGCGAAUAUCGAGAUAACGUACGUUCUCGUAAAUCAGUACACGCAUACACGGUGUCGUGUGUCGCGGAGUCUCUCAGCCCGUUUCUCGCACUUCUUCUGUCUGCGUCAAACCACACUUGAUCAGCACUCCUGGCUGAGAGAAUUGAACGAGGGAGAACGAUGGCGCCGAAGCAGCGGAUGCGCAUCGCAAACGAGAAGGCAACGAAAAACAUCACGCUACGUGGAAACGUCCCCAAAUCUUCGAAAUCGCAAGAGGAAGGAUCUCCGGUCGGACCUUGGCUCUUAGCUCUAUUUCUCUUUGUUGUUUGUGGGUCUGCUGUAUUUCAAAUCAUCCAGAGUAUCAGAAUGGCUUGAAAAUGAGGAAAGAGAAGCUACUGUUGAUAUUAUUACAACAAACCAUUUAUCAUUCGUUAAUAUUUGAAAGAGACUGAUGAACCGUUUCAAUGUAGAUUGUAAAGAAGAUUACAGAUUACGAGAGACGGAAUAUGGCAAAAUUUAGACAACAGUUGAAAAGUCAUUUUCCUUUUGCAGAAGAAGCUCAGAGAUUUAUUUAUAACAUUUAGCAUUUAUAUAAACGUUUAACUUAACUGCGCUACACAUAGACGAAGGGAACGUGUUUGAACGUGUAAGAUAAAUGCUAUUCCAAAAAACAAUCCAUCAAAUUUAUAAAUCGAGAAAGAGAAAACUAUUUAUAUU